GAAAGGGCAUGGGUUCGAAUCCCAUUCUUGACAACUUUUUUUAUUUUUCUUUUCUUUUCUUUUCUAGUCAAUAGAUAAGGAUAUUGACUGUUGGAUCCAUAAUAAGAAUGUUUUUAUUCGACAUUAUCCAGAAUGAGUUGACCAAUUAUGGGAAAUCCAGCGACAAUGAGUGUGUAUAGGAUAAGAAUGACACUGGACUCAAGCGAUUUUGUAGCCACGUGCUUAGGCAUUUUUUGUAACAAUUAUAUAAUAAUUAGUUUCUUACAGCUAUUGACACUUUCUGGCCAGAGUUUGCAAAUACUACAAUAGCCAAAAUUACAGCUUCAUUCGCUGAUCGAAAACCAAAUUAACCUGACAACACAAUUACAAACAUCAUCAAGAAGCGCCGCCGCGCCGGAGAAAUUGAGGAUAAUCUGUAUCUCAAAAUUCAAAAUAGGCUGCUGGCUUCUCCUCAUUGAUUGGCCAGCUAAUUAAGUAGUGAGUUGCAUUUGGAGAGUUGGAAGGAGAUGGAAGGGGGUCCCCAAGCUGCAAGCAAGACCGAAUUCACAGAAUGUUGGAACAAAGCAACUGGGUCACCUUACAUUAUGCGCCUUGCUUUAUCUGCUGGCAUUGGAGGUCUCUUAUUUGGCUAUGACACAGGUGUGAUUUCUGGAGCAUUGUUAUACAUCCGUGAGGAGUUUGAGGUAGUUGACAAGAAAACAUGGCUUCAGGAAACCAUUGUAAGCAUGGCUGUUGCAGGAGCUAUUUUUGGUGCUGCAUUUGGAGGGUGGAUGAGUGACAAGCUAGGGAGAAAGAAGUCGAUUUUAACCGCUGAUGUUUUAUUCUUUGCUGGUGCAGUGAUUAUGGCUGCUGCUCCAGCUCCCUGGGUCAUCAUCAUUGGAAGAAUUUUGGUUGGUUUGGGAGUUGGCAUGGCAUCCAUGACUGCCCCUCUAUACAUCUCAGAAGCUUCCCCUGCAAGCAUCAGAGGAGCUCUUGUCUGUAUCAAUGGCUUGCUCAUCACAGGUGGCCAAUUUUUGGCCUACCUCAUCAAUUUGGCAUUCACCAAGGCACCUGGAACAUGGCGAUGGAUGCUUGGGGUGGCUGGAGUUCCAGCUUUGGUUCAGUUCAUAUUAAUGUUGUACCUCCCUGAGUCACCUAGAUGGCUCUACAGGAAGGGCAAGGAAGAGGAGACAAGGGAAAUCCUGUCAAAAAUCUAUGACCCCAGUGAAGUUGAAAACGAGAUGGCAGCCAUGCAAGAAUCCAUGAAAAUUGAGAUGGAAGAGGAAAGCUUGGUGGGGAAAACUUUUUCUGAGAAAUUAAAAGGUGCUUUGAAUAAUGUCGUAGUUCGAAGAGCACUCUAUGCGGGCAUUACUGUUCAAGUUGCUCAGCAAUUUGUGGGUAUCAACACUGUCAUGUAUUACAGCCCGACUAUUGUUCAGUUUGCCGGCAUUGCUUCUAACUCCACAGCUCUUGCACUCUCUCUAAUUACAUCUGGUAUGAAUGCUCUUGGCUCUAUCGUGAGCAUGCUUUUCAUUGAUAGAUAUGGAAGGAGAAGAUUGAUGCUCGUCUCCAUGAUUGGAAUCAUCCUCUGCCUUGUACUCUUGAGUAUUACAUUUUAUGUGGCAGCUCACCAUUCUCCUGCAGUUAAUAACCAAGACACCCUCAUUUUUGGUGGGAACUCUACAUGCCAGGCUUACACAAAGGCCCCAAAUUUCUCUUCGUGGAGCUGUAUGCAGUGUUUGCAAGCAGAUUGUGCCUUCUGUGCCAACGGCAAGAGUGAAUUUCUUCCGGGAGCAUGCUUGGCUGCAGACAAGAGUGUAAGAGGUGUGUGCCGCGCACAAAAAAGAAUAUGGUUUUCUGAGGGUUGUCCAAGCAAAAUUGGACUCUUAGCAGUUGUACUCCUUGGAGUGUACAUCAUGGCGUACUCUCCUGGAAUGGGAUCUGUGCCUUGGGUUCUGAACUCUGAGAUAUACCCUUUGAGAUUCAGAGGUCUGGGUGGAGGUAUAGCUGCAGUUUCCAACUGGUGUGCUAAUCUCAUCGUAAGUGAGUCAUUCUUAAGCCUCACCAAGGCUUUAGGCUCUGCAGGCACAUUCCUCCUCUUUGCAGGGUUCUCUACCAUUUCCCUUGUAGCCAUAUAUGCAUUAGUUCCUGAAACCAAAGGCCUUCAGUUUGAGGAGGUAGAGAAGAUGCUCCAAAAAGGUUUCAGACCUGCCCCAUUUAACAAGAAACAGGGGGGUAACAAGAAGAUAGAAAAUGAAGGCUAUCCUUAGUGCUAUAAUAAUUUUCUUCUAUACAAGAAAAGUAGAAAACUGUAAUUGUUUGCCUUCAUGUCAUGUCUGAGGCAGAAUGAUUGAAUAUCCAGGUUUAAAACAGUAUGUAGCCAUACAUGUGUUAGGCAAAGUAAAUUAUUUGGAUGUGCAUUGCACACAAUGCCAUAAAAUUUUGGCUUAAUACAUCAGAAGGCCCCUGUAAUUGUAAAGGGAAU